AAAUGUCCGAGUUCUAGGUUUUGUAAAAAGACAAAAUUGGGGGAGUGAAUCCUCAAACCCACCCAAAACCCCCCCUAAACCUCCCUGCCGUCGUAUCUCCGCCACCACCGCCGCUAUGUGGUACCUAUGCGUUUUCUUCCACAGACUGUUGGAAUACAGGAAAUCCGAGUUCGAAUCCCUCGCCGGACUCUUUGAAGGUCGCGGCGGCGCCACCGCACUCGAAUGGCGGCUCCCGGAGGACCACCACCCGGACUCGCCUUUCCAUUUCGUCAACCUUCCUUCCGAUGAAUUGGCCGUUAGCAUUGCCAGUCGAAGUAUUCUUGUGAAGGGAAUAUAUGAACUGUGGGGUGAAGGUGGGAGUUUUGAGGAACUGGAGGAGUCUAUUAAAAGCUAUCCAGAUGACCGGAAGUUGCCGUACAUAUCUCCCGGGAGCACGUUCAAAAUCACCGUGGAAAGCUUUGGGAAAGCGAUAAGCUCCGAAGAGCAAAAAGAUCGCAUGCACAAGUUGGAAUUCAUUUCGUUUAAGGGGAGGGUGAAUCUAAAAAAUCCUGAUCAUAGAUUCUGUCUGAUGGCCAACAAUGAUUAUGGAUCUAAUAACGGGCUUCCUUCUGCUGUCCAAAUGAGAAUGUUCUUUGGAAGGGAAUUAGGAGGUGCCGAUAGAAAGAUCUUGCAAACUUAUGAGCUGAAAAGCCGCAAAUAUCUUGGCCCGACAGCCAUGGAUGCUGAAAUAGCUUUCCUAAUGGCAAAUCACGCGCAGGUCAAACCGGGGAAACUGGUUUAUGAUCCUUUUGUCGGUACAGGAAGCAUCCUGGUUGCAGCGUCUCAUUUUGGAGCAAUGACAAUGGGUGCAGAUAUUGACAUUCGGGUAGUGCGUGAUGGUCGUGGCCCUGAGUGUAAUGUCUGGAGCAAUUUUAAGCAGUAUGGACUUCCAAUGCCGAUAUCUCUAUUAAGGGCUGACAAUAACCUUCCACCAUGGCGUUCAGGUUUAAAAGAGAUAUUUGAUGCAAUAAUAUGUGAUCCUCCAUACGGGGUCCGCGCAGGGGGGCGAAAGUCCGGUGGGCGUAAGCUUCUAAAAGGAGUAAUCGGUCCUUACACAGUUCCAGACGAUAAAAGAACCGAUCACAUACCAUCAACCGCUCCUUACAGCUUAGUCGAAUGCGUGCACGAUUUACUUGACCUUGGUGCUAAAAUGCUUGUAAUGGGUGGGCGCCUCGUGUACUUCUACCCCAUUCUAAGGGACGAGGGUUCGGGCGAGCCCACUUUCCCCGAGCACCCGUGUUUCGAAAUGAUCGCCACGUGUGAGCAAAUCUUGAGCUAUAGAUACAGCAGGGUUUUGGUAACCAUGGUUAAGGUUGCACCGUACACUGAGGAUAUCGAGUCUGCUGCUAGGGCUCAGCAUUUGGAGUUUAGAGAGAACCAUAACAAGUGGAUGGAAGAUGGGAAUUUGCAUUCGGCUGUUUUUAGCCCGGUGGAUGACGUUAAUGUUAACGGAUCAGGGGAGAAGUUUAGCUCCAAGCCUAAAUACCGGGGCAAAUACGUUUAGGCUUUGAUCUUCUAGCUGUAACAAUAGCUAAAUACAUUAUUUGUGUUGUGUAUUCUGGGUUUUUUUUUUUUAAUGUAAUGUUGUCUUGGGAGGGUUUAACUAUUCAGAAAUUUUUGUUAGAAACGACGAGAUUGAUCGAUGGUUUGAAAUUACGGUUCUUAUGUAUCUGUCUGAAAGCUUA